AUGUGGCGUUAUUCGCGGCCACCGAGGCGGAUGUCAACUCCACUUAUGAAGAUGAUGCAGGCCUGGUGCGAGCACAACCAGAUUCCCGUAGAUGAGGCCGACUUCCUCCUGGGCGCCGUCCUGCUGAAACCCGAGGACACGCUUAGCAGCUUGGGCUGUCUUGUUGAUGAUGAGAUCGUUCUCAGAGCUGCCAGAGUCCUGGCGCCAUCCUCAGCUGAUUGCACCGGGUGGCGGGCAUUGACUCAGGUUCCACGCGAACAGGGUGGCGAGGGUGGCGCAGCUGGCGAAACCAUGCCAACCUCUGCGCCUGCCAACGUGGCGCCACCUCAGGCUCAUGCCGACCGUGCUGCGUUGUUACUAGUUGUUACAGGGAUAGGCCCGGAUAGGCGCGGUGUAGCACCCUCCCUGCGCAUUGCGCCUUUGCAUGCGGUGGGGAACGGGAUAAUCUUAACGCUACGCAAAAAACGAGGGCCGGUAUGUGGCUUUGGCAACCUAGACACCUUCGGCGCGAGGAAUGAAGAAGGGACGGCUCUUGCCACACGUGCAGCACGGGACAUUCAGAACGGGCUUCGGAACGGGUGCCGCCUCGUGAUCAAGCUGCCACGUGUCGUCCGCAAAGGCCUGGCUAGCCUCCUGUGCGCCUUUUCCGACGCUUUCCAAAUCGUAUUUGAAACAGGCAGCUGGUCCAGGCAGGGCCACAACUCCAUGACCGAACGGGAACGCCACAGCCCGGUGACUUUUGCCCGUUGCGGCGACUUAAGUUCGCACCUGGGAGAGAAGUAUUGCAAGUUUCCACUGGUAGAGGAGGUUGAGGAGAUUGCUUUGGUGGUGCGUGUGGCCACCCCGCUUGGCAAGAUGAUGAAGGCCACCGUGUACUGUUUCGAUCCUGUCAUUUUCAAGGCCUGGUGUGACCACCACCAGGUCCCGUCGGAUGAGGCCGCCUUCUUGCUUGACGAGAGACUGCUGAAUGCCGAGGUGCCACAUGACCAGGUGGAGGAGCUCAUGGGAGCCCAGGCACCCAAGAAGGCUCCGAAGCGAGGUGAUGCAAACACCACCAACAGCGAGGCGGUGGCUUGCAUGAAGGUCUGCCUCCGGGUUGAAGCUGAAGGGGCGGACGGCAUCAACGAGCUGCGCUUCAACCUGUCACCCCAGCUGUCGAUGGGGCCUCGCCCGCUCUCAGCUCUAGUGAGUGCCAGGCGGCAGUCGACACCCUUAGCGAAGAUGAUGGCGGCCUGGUGCCAGCAUCACCAGCUGCCCCAAGAGGAGGUGGCCUUUCUCUUGGGGGAGAGAGUGCUGCGGGCGGAGGACACUCUCCUGAGCUUGGGCUGCAAAGCUGACGCAGUGGUGAAAGCUGCGGGGCACCGCAAGCUCCAGAGGCCGCCACAGCAGAGCCUGCAGCUGUUGCCACGGCUCUCCCGGCGGCAUCAGCAGCAGCUGCACCAGCUGCUGUCCCUAAUGGUGCAGAAGCGGAAGUAUCAGCAGCUGCCGCGUGAUGCAAACACCACUGUCGCCGUCGGCAACAGCGAGGCGGUGGCUUGCAUGAAGGUCUGCCUCCGGGUUGAAGCUGAAGGGGCGGACGGCAUCAACGAGCUGCGCUUCAACCUGCGGCAGUCGACACCCUUAGCGAAGAUGAUGGCGGCCUGGUGCCAGCAUCACCAGCUGCCCCAAGAGGAGGUGGCCUUUCUCUUGGGGGAGAGAGUGCUGCGGGCGGAGGACACUCUCCUGAGCUUGGGCUGCAAAGCUGACGCAGUGGUGAAAGCUGUUCCUCGCGAUCAGGCACCGCAAGCUCCAGAGGCCGCCACAGCAGAGCCUGCAGCUGUUGCCACGGCUCUCCCGGCGGCAUCAGCAGCAGCUGCACCAGCUGCUGUCCCUAAUGGUGCAGAAGCGGAAGUAUCAGCAGCUGCCGCGUCACCAGAGGCAGGUGAUGCAAACACCACUGUCGCCGUCGGCAACAGCGAGGCCGCGAUUGCCGAAGAGAAGGUCUGCCUCCGGGUUGAAGCUGAAGGGGCGGACGGCAUCAACGAGCUGCGCUUCAACCUGCGGCAGUCGACACCCUUAGCGAAGAUGAUGGCGGCCUGGUGCCAGCAUCACCAGCUGCCCCAAGAGGAGGUGGCCUUUCUCUUGGGGGAGAGAGUGCUGCGGGCGGAGGACACUCUCCUGAGCUUGGGCUGCAAAGCUGACGCAGUGGUGAAAGCUGUUCCUCGCGAUCAGGCACCGCAAGCUCCAGAGGCCGCCACAGCAGAGCCUGCAGCUGUUGCCACGGCUCUCCCGGCGGCAUCAGCAGCAGCUGCACCAGCUGCUGUCCCUAAUGGUGCAGAAGCGGAAGUAUCAGCAGCUGCCGCGUCACCAGAGGCGUCUGCGAAGGUGUCUGUGAAGGUCCAGGCCGAGGGUGCGGACGGCCUGAAUGAGCUCUGCUUCAGUGUGCGUGUGGCCACCCCGCUUGGCAAGAUGAUGAAGGCCUGGUGUGACCACCACCAGGUCCCGUCGGAUGAGGCCGCCUUCUUGCUUGACGAGAGACUGCUGAAUGCCGAGGAUACGCUCGAGAGUCUGGGAUGCGGGACGGAUGGAGUGGUCUUCCGUGCAGUGCCACAUGACCAGGUGGAGGAGCUCAUGGGAGCCCAGGCACCCAAGAAGGCUCCGAAGCGAGGCCCCCAGGCCAAAGCAAAGCCCAAGGCCAAGGCGAAGACCAAAGCCGCGCCCAAAGGUACAAGGAAGAGACGACGGGCGGACGAGGAGGACUCGGUGGAGAGAACCCCGUGCACUGAGAGCCCAGAGGCUGCAAAGGCUGCAAACGUCCGCAGAAGCCAGAGGCUGCAAGAGUCGCCCGUGCAGGUGUCCUCCACGACGCUCGUCCAAUACCCUCCCGAAGUGCAGCGGCCGAAGUCACGACAGGGGCUGCCUGCGGCAGAGUUGGCGAACCGCAUGAGCUUCCGCGAGUAUCUGGCCUAUGACCGCGAGCAGGAGCGGCAGAGGAACCAGGCUCGGCUUAAUCGCCAGAAAAGGAAGCUCGUGAACGGGGAAAGUUCAGACGAGGAGAUGCAGCUGGCUCUCGCUCUUUCCUUGUCCGAGAGCCAAGAAACUCCUCAGGACGCAAGCUGA